UCGAAAAUAUUUAAGAGAUACAACUCAAUUAAAACUAUAUAUUUUUAAAAUUGUUAAAAACUUCAAUUGGCGUGUUCAUACGAACCCCGUGGUAUUGUUCUUAUAUAUUUUUUUUUCUUGCAUUUAACAAAUACAUUAUUUUUGUUCCAUCCUCAGUUCAGGGCCUUUCAUAGGCGAUCUUCAAAGAUGGCGAUUCUUCAAUUUCGCGCCAUAUUUAUUGGCAGCAGAUGGUGAGCUAUGCGCUUCUGUGGAGGUGUUUGCGAUGUGAAAUUAUUAAGUUGUUCGAGUUAAAGCCAAUUUCACUGCAGUGAUCGUACCACAGAACAUUAAAACUAAUCUUGCAGUAAAUUAUUUGAGAUAACAAAGUUAGUUUUAACAGUGCUUCGCGAUGUAAAUGUAAAUUAAUAACGGUGGUUCAUGCGUAAGGACAAAACAAAAGGCUUAACGACCAUAGCUUCUUAUUGUUUAUUUUGUGAAUAUGAAGCCUUGGAAAUCUAUCAGGUCGAAAGAGGCAGAGUUCGAGACUGAGAUAAUGUGCAUAAUUUGCAUUAAUCGUGACGGGAGCCGCCGGGUGUGAUCGCACGUGCUGGGCUCCCGGCCGGCCAUGCCACGGGGACGCAAGCCGCGCCUGCUAGAGGGCUCCGUCACCGUGCACGAGAUCACCAUCAAUGGACUCGACGACCCCACGUACGUGCAGCUGGAGGGCAGCAUGGACGAGGAGGUGUCCGCGGACCAGACCAGCUCCCAGGUGAUGACGCUCAGUCCGGCCACCAUUCACCUCCUGGACCACGAGUAUGGGCAGACUCCGCAGCACCAGAUCAUCAAGCGGCCGACGUCGGCACCCCUGCGCACCGAGGGGGUGAAGCGUCGGCUGAACAUGGACAUCUCUCCACGCAGUGACCAGAGCUUCAAGACCCCUCGCUCCAGCCAGAAGAUGCGGCAGGUGUCUCCUUCCAGCAGCCUUUCUCUCGGCUCUAGUCCCGCUUCUAAAACCAAGUCUGUCGAGAGGACUCGCUAUGACACCUCGCUGGGCCUGCUCACCAAGAAGUUUGUGAACCUGUUGCAUUCCUCUCCAAAUGGCGUGGUUGAUCUCAACGAAGCUUCAGAAUUCCUGGAAGUACAAAAACGGAGGAUAUACGAUAUCACCAACGUCCUGGAAGGGAUUGGAAUCUUGGAGAAGAAGUCCAAAAAUAACAUUCAAUGGCGGGGGGGCAGGGUCCCGGGGGACGGCGUGGCCGCGGCCGACAGCCUGCAGAGCGACAUCGACCAGCUGGAGUCCAAGGAGAACACGCUCGACCAGCUCAUUGUCACUGCAGAGUGCAACCUGCGUCAGCUGAGCGAAGACAAGCAACACGCCUACGUCAUGUACCAGGACCUGUGCAACAUUCAAGAGUACAAAAACCAGACUAUCCUGGUAGUCAAAGCACCGCCGGAGGCCACCUUGCAAGUCCCGCAUCCCAGCCAGGGUCUCCAGAUGUUCAUGAAAAGUGAUCAAGGUGAAAUAGAAGUAUUCUUGUGCCCGGCUGAUACAGUCUCUAAUCCUACACCAAUCGCAGGCUCUACGCCAAGCCAGGACAGCCGACCGGACCCGCCCCAGGAGACGCAGGCCUCCGUGAAGAGUGAGCUGGCGAGCGACGACACGGAGAGUGCGUCGGAGAUAUCGCGGGUGCUCAUGUCGGAGGUGGAGGACUACGAGCCGGUGGGCGGGGGCAGGUUCCAGCUGCAGACGGAGGGCCGGGACCCCCGCAUGCCGUCGUCAGAAAAUGACUCGGUGCUGGACAUCCCAGACUUUGGCGUGGGCUGCGAGCCGUUCCUCGCCUUGGAGCCGCCUCUCUCCGAGUCGGACUACAACUUCAGCUUGGACACCAAUGAAGGACUUCUUGAUCUCUUUGACUUCACCCUGUGACUGCAGCAGUUGCCUUCGCGUUGACUGGUGGAGCCAGGCUGCCGGGACGGGCGGCGCUGCUGCGAGACGUCGGCGCACUCUCGCCGACGCGCUAGCACCGAUCUGCCGACAGUUUCAGUUGUCUAUGUAUAGCCAUAGGUGCCUACUACAGUACACUUGCAGUACAUCGUGUCACUCCUUGCUGUACCGCGUCGAGCUGCCGGAGUACAGGAAUAUGUUAGGGCAACUGGCCAGCCUUCAGACUUUUGUAGCUCAAUUUUUUGUGACUUUUUUAAAAAAAAAAUAAUAGGCAUAUUUAAAAUGGAUUUUACAUCCAUUCGCCUAGUUGAGUCCUUUUAAUGUUAGUAUUGGUAAUGUUGUUAGACCCUUUUUAUUGGACCUAAUUUUUUUAAUGCAAUAUUUUUGCACUCCCACUUGUGUGCAUGUGUCAUGUAUGAUUCAUGUAAUAUUUUAUACAUAGUUUUCCCGUGAAAACCAUUUUCACUUUUUCGAUUUCAUUCAGUGUGAUAAUUUAUUAAAUAUGUAUUAUUAAGUAUGUAACUGACUUUCUUUCAUGUAAAGAUGCGCACGAGUUGAACUAACAUUUCAUAUUCAACACAGGCCAACAUUUUGAGAUACUGAAAUGUUGAGAGGUUGUCAGAUUGAUGUCUCACAGUUGCAUCUCAAGGACUUGUGUACUGUAUCAUUCUAAUCAGGCAUCUGCAUUCUCAGGUGUUCUAUGUUUAAUAUAGUACUUUGUCAGAUUUUCUUCUAGUUAAUCCACUGUUUUAAUUGUGAUGGUUAACAAGAUAUUUUAAAGUUUUCUGCUUACCAAACAUUUGAGUUAGCAAAUUUGAAGAAGUAUUAUGGGGGUUUAUAAUUUGCAGCCCAUCUGGUAUGUUGUGUUGAUUGUUGAGUUGAUAGACAUUUUAUUUAUUGUAAUAUAGUACUGAUUCAAAGUUAUUUAAUGCCUUAGUGUUAAAAUGUGUGAAGAGGGUUUGAACAUUUGUAAAUAUUAGUCUGUUUAAACAAUUUUAUUAUUUUAUUCAUACCAAUUUCUACAUGAUAUUUUUUCUUUUGUUAUUUAAUUUUCAGUUCAUACUUUUUAUUUUUUUAUAAUUUGUUAUAAUGUAACUAUUCUAGGUGAUUUGUGUUGGUCUGUGGGACAACACAAAAAAUGGGAGUCCGAAAUACUUCCACAUUAAAAACAGUUGCUGAACCGACAGUGGUAAAAAAAAAACUAGGACUUUGUUACUUGGUUCUACCCCAAUAUUCGUUAAAAAGAAAUCUCUGAUAACAUCUCCAACUAGCUUAAUCUCUUACACAUGUCAAAGUCGUGAAACUAUGGACAAAAUAUGACUCGUAUCUGUCAUUUCAUACAUCAUUUCUCAAAAAAGGCUUUUCCUCGGAUUAACAACAUUUUGUUUUGGCCUAGCGGGUGUUUGAUAAGCCCCUUCUAUGACAAACUCCAUCCCGACCACAUCUACAGCUCCGACUCUUCUACAACUAAUAAUGUUCACUCAGGAAAUGCUAGCCCCAUAGCUUUCUCAGUUUCUAAGAUCUCAUUGGUCCCCACCGUGGUGCCUGGAGGAGCAUCGUAAAACUGUUUUUGUGCAUUCUGAUAUGAAGGAGUGGGAAUCCUUUUACCAAAAUGUUAGAGGUCAUAGAACAAAAUCUUUUAAAUUUUUAGAUAAUCAUCUUAGAUAUAUCAUCUGUUUAACUGAAACCUGGCUUAAUAACUCUAAUAUUAAUUCUCAUUAUUUCACAGACAAUUAUUAUAUCUUCAGGAAUGAUCACAUAUGCUUUGCUGACCGAGAAAGUUUGAGGUGGUAGUGUUUUAACAGCAAUAAACAAACACAACUUUCCUUCAGUUGAACUUAUCAAUUCUCUAGAUUACCCAGGAAUGGAAGCUGUGUGGGUGAAAAUUAAUACUUUAUCUAACAAAUUUGUCAUUUUUAGUAAUAUCUACCUACUUCCACAUAUUACUAUUAAAUUAAUUUCAGUCUUAUUUUGAAGUGGUUUAAGAUAAACUUGUCUGUUAUCAAAAUGACACUAUUGUUUUUCUCGGGGAAUUGUAAUGUGCCUGGUAUUAGUUUUCCUUUAAUCAGACACACAAUAUUGUACAUUCACUCAAUAGAAAUAAGGCGAUGGCUCUGCUUAAUUUCUCAUCCAGUCUUGGUCUGCAACAGUAGAAUAAAAUUUUUGAUUCCAAAAACCUUUUAGAUCUUGUGCUGUAGUAACUUAUCUCAGUGCACUGUGUUUCAAGCAGAAGAUCCACUUGUCAAAGAUACAUAUCAUCGGGCCUUAAUAAUAAAAAUAUUUAUGGAUGCUUUACCUUGCAAAAUAACUUCUUCAGUUAACUUUAAGGACUUCGAAAAUGAUGUUUUGCUUGGUCUUUAUAAUGCAAUAAAAAAUUUUAUAAUAUAAUUUUUUUACGAAACAUCUGAUUUCAAUGAUGUAAUUUGAAUGUCUUUAUUCCUGUAAUCAUGAAAAAGGCCUCCAAAUACCCUUGUUGGUUUUCUAAAGAGUUAGUUAAUACAUGCUUUAAAAUCUAAGAAAUAUUAAAUGAACGUUACAAAAUAAAUAUUAAUAUGUAUUACUAUUCUUGGUUUUCUCUUUACUGCAAGCAGGUCAAGAACUUACUUAAGGAGACAAAAUUAAUUGAACCAGAGCCAUUAAUAAUAUCGAGACCAAUCCUUAAAAGUUCUGGCAUUACGUCAAUGUACUUAAAAGCUGUUUUUAUGAACAUCAUGCACUUAUAGUCAAUGGAGUUGUAUCUAGUGAUCCUGUGGUACUUUCUAAUAUUUUUGCUGAUUAUUUUUCUUGUGUAUAUGUAUCCUCUAAUUAUAAAUCCCAAACACCUCUCCCAGAGAUCUAUUAAGACACAGUUCCUGACAUUUCCGAAAGUUUAGUAGUUUGGGGAAUAAAGUCCCUAAAUUCAUCCUUGUCUUCUGGUCCUGACAGUAUUCCUAACUUUAUUCUUAAAAAUUGCUACUUUUUUUUUUUUUUCCACAAAAUUUUUGAGAAAAUCAUUUUCAAAAUUAUUAAUUUCCCUUUGAAAAAUAAAUUACAUUACAAUCAACAUGUCCACUGCCACCAAUCUUAGCACCUCUUUCAAUCCUAACUUCAAUGCAGUUACUAAUAGAGGCCAGUUGAUGCCUGCUAUUUGGAUUUGGCAAAAGAUUUUGAUUCUGUUAAUCAUGAUAUUCUACUUGUAAAAUUAUCUCAUUUUAGACUCUGCUGGUUUACAAGCUAACUCAAAAACAGAAGUUGUUAUGUUUUCAUUAAUAAGUGUAAUUCUUCAUUUUAUUUAGUCAGUUCAGGUGUACCUCAAGGUGGUACCUUGUCACCUCUAGUCUUUAAUAUAUUUAUUCAUAUCUCUCAUGUUUUGUCCCAUUCAUAAGGAGUACGGGAACCAUCGCUUUCCUUAAUGGCUGUAACUCUCAACAAGAAUAAAACCUAAAUUAUAUCCUUUUUUGGGAAAUAUUUCCCCAUGUCUUUUAACUAUAAAUUAGACAAUACUAUAAUUCAUAAAGCUUCUUACUUAAAAGAUUUGGGUAUAAUUUUUGACUCAAAAUUAUAUUUUCACUUUCACAUAGAUUAUUUAUCAGCUCAAGAAGAACUCUUGAUAUAAUUAAAUACAUCACUUUUUACUCAACCAAUUCUGAUUACAUUCUUAUUCUGUAUUUUUCUUUAAUUACCUAGGUCUAAAUUAAAAUAUUGUUCAAUAAUUUGGAAUUCAAUCAAUUCCUCUGAUUCUGUUAAAAUUGAAUCCAUUCAAACUAAAAUUGUGAAACUAGUAAAUUUAAAAUUCUCCUCUACUCAAUUUUGUUUCUUUAGCUGAUCAUAUAGCUCUUCUCGAUUCUCUUUUUGUUAAAAACUGUUACAACUCUUUAACCAACUGUAAAUACAUUCUCGACAACACUGGACUCAGAGUUCCGUAAUUUCAUAGUCGACUAGUCUACCUUAUGCACUAAAAAAAAAAAUUAUAUUCUGUACAGACUUAUUUCUAAUUUUAGUGAGUUGGGAAAAUUUCCUUAGCUAAUUGGCUAUCAUUUAGCUUAUCCUUUUUUAUACAAACAUCAAAUUUGACUGUUUAUAAGGAAUUCUUGAGUUGAUUCUUGUAUUUUAAAAAAUUAUUCUUUCCCAACACUUUAUCACUUUUUUUUUAAUCCAAGUACUAAGUUUGUAUCCAUAUAAUGUUUUAUAAACCUUUAUGUCUUUCUUAGUUUUAAAUUUCGUUUACAAUUUACAGUGAUUAUUAAUAAGUAAUUAAAUGUUUUAUGUAAUUGCCUUUAUUUUUAUUUUCUGUUUGAGUGUUUGCUUAUAUUUGUUAUCACCGCUAGUGUGUGGUACUCCUGCCCUCGUGUGUUGGUACCGACGAGUGUGGGAGUCCACACAUUGGCAGUGGUAACUGUGUGCCGUGCCCACCACUGCCGGUGGACAUGUAACAAAUUAUAAAUGAAUGAUUAAAUAAAUAAAUACUAUUCAUCCAGCAGGAAGAAUCAAGACCAAAUUUGUAAGCAUAUUUUUUCAGCUCUCAGAAUGCUUGGCUGUGUUGAUUACAAAGACAUUGGACUAUCACUGCAUCACAUGUUGUUGUAAUACAGAAAUUUAAACAUGCUGCUAACAUUUUGGAUCUAGUGUGUGUAUAUUAUAAAAUGUGUAUGUUUUAACAGUGUGUUAGGUUACCUUGUAUUUUCACAACUUUUAAUGGAAUUGCACAGUUUAACUGUAACAUUACAAUUUUUCUUUUAUAAUGAUUGUUUCUAAGAAUUAAACUUGCAUGUACUCAGAAGAAUAGUUAAUAAAAUUCAAAUGAUGGAUAUUAUAGCUAACUUAGUUGCCUUUUAAUUGACUCACUUUAAUUUCUUUUUUUCUUUAAAAUGUGAUAAUUUCUACAUGGUUUACUUAAUGUUCUCGAGUUCUUUUUUUUUUAUCAUUAUUAAUUAUUAUUAAUAUGGAAAUCUUGGAAUAUAUAGUAAAAUUAUUUUUUGUGUUUUAGAGCUCAUGAUUUCCCCAGUUCAGUCUCUGAAAAUUUUUGUAUAUUUUACUGAAUUGGUUAUGGUUUUUUAUGACUACUGUAGUUUUUAACUAUGAAAAUGGGUGGCAAUUACAUACAUACCUGUAGGAGUGCCUUUUUAAUAAUGGACUCGAUAAAGUAAUGUGUCAAAUGUUAGAGUCUGGGGAAAAUUGCAGACCUUGUGGUAGCAGUAUGUGUAAUCUUUCAUUAUCUCUUGAGGACUGCCUAACAUUCGAAUUUAAUUACUUAGAGUUUGUGCUUUAAGAUCAUUGCAUAGCAGUUGUCUAUCUUGUGUACAGUAAGAGCUUAUUUUCAAAAAAAAAUGUUGGUAAUGUACACUUAAUAAAUGUUACAUGAAGCAAGAAAAAUGACAUUUUUUAUCUAUGGUUAUUUAUUUUGUUGCCUGAUUUAUAGAAAAAAAAUUUCAAGUAAAUAUCUGUGCACCUUUCUUGAUGAAUACUUUCUGUUAAAUUCCAUAAAGUUGUGCAAACCGAGGAGAUGGUAAUGUUUGUGUGUAACACAUGCAAAUGUUAGAUUUCUUGUGAACUGGGGUUAUAGAUUUUACAUGAUUGGUUGGAGAGAAAAAAAAUUAUCUAAUUUCAGUCCUAAAUGUACUAUACAGACUUGUUAUACUGACAAGGAUGUUGUAUACAAUAUGUUUUUUAUGAAGUUUAUGUGUAUUUUAGUUCAAAUUUUGUAUUUAAUAAAGAUGUAGGUGUAAAUAUGCCUGAAUAAAUUCGAUAAUAUUUUUCCCGUGUCAUUGAUGAUAUCAUUC